AUGGCUGGUGAGGGUGCAGUUAGCGGAGCAAUUGCCGCCGUGCUGUGUGGAACAGCUCUGCUCAGUACUUUUUCCACCGUGGUUCCGCGCGUGCUUGGUUUCAUCCCCGCCCACACUUUUUCUGCCAGAAGCUACCCUUGGAACCUAAUCACGUACGUCGUAGUUGAGACCAAUAUAGUGCUGGCUGUUUGCAGCGCGGUUUACAUGCUAACUUUCGGUGUGGCAGUGGAGAGCAUCAUCGGGACCCGAGCUCUGGUGAGAUUAAUUGCUGCAUCGACUGUGUCUGCCUCCCUUACACUGCUCAUACUGAGCGCGUUACUGUACAACGUUGGAUUCACGUGGUUCCUUCAGUGCUACUGUGGGGUGUGGCCUGCGGCUUCGGGCAUUCUUGUUCCGUGGGUGGGGGUUUCGCCAAGGUCUCCUGCUUUUCCGUCCCAACUUCCGCGCCAGGUGCAGCGGCAGCACGUACCAACGGCGUUACUAGCAAUUACACUUGUAAUUGACUGGCUUUUUCGCGGGCAGCACCGCAUCACAGAGAACGAUGUUGGAGGAACCAAAGUUUUCUUGGGCAGCGUUUUCACUCCAGCGCUCCUUGGGCUUCUCACGACUUGGUAUCUGCAGUCGGCUCUUAACACGCCCUCGGUGGUGCCCCUGAGUGUGCUUUUGGAACCUUUACUCAAGCUUUGCGGCAUGGUAUCGAAAGCGCCACGGCAACAGGGUAGUGGGGAUGGCAGCCGCGCUGGAAGCGGGUCUGGAGGCAUCACUGACACCGUUGCGGUACCUGUUCUUCAAGGUGCUGCGGCCGGGGCGUUACUCCCGGGAUCUACAGAAGAAGAGGCACAACGUCGUCGAAAUAUCGCGCUCGCUGCCCUCAGCAGCAGGGUCCAACAGACAACGGCAGACACCGCUGCAACCCAGCACGAUGCUGCUGUAGUGUGA